AUGUUGAUUAACCGGGCCGCCCUGUUCCUGGGGCUGGCAUUGUUUUGUAUCCAGCAGGCCCUGAGCAUAAUCAUCCCCGUCGAUCGCGCUGCAACCGAGCUUCUUGAUACGUACGACUAUGUUAUUGUGGGCGGCGGCCUCUCGGGGCUGGUUGUUGGCAACAGACUGAGCGAAGACCCAAAUAUCACUGUACUCAUUCUGGAAGCAGGUGAAUUGGACAAUCGAACCGAAUAUACUACAUACCCAGCAUAUAUUGGCCGGAAAAUCACAAACGACAACGGCUGGACGCUCUACACGGCGCCACAGGAGCACUUAGACCAUAAAACUCGGCCAUAUCUCCAGGGCCGUGGGGUUGGAGGCGGUACGCUCAUCCACGGAAUGACCGAAACGUACACAAUGGGUCUUGAUGAAAAAAUGGCCAGCUCGCUAGGUAUUGAUCCCGACAUGUCCUUUCACGGAACAACUGGUCCUGUGGAGGUUUCUUUUCCUCGAUUUAUCUAUAACCAGAGCCAUGCCGUGUUAAGAGGCUACGAAGAACUCGGCCUGCAAAUACUCAAAGACAUGAAUACUGGAACCACUGCUGGCGUAGUCUUCAGUCCUUCCAGCAUGCAAGCCAUCAACCAAUCCAGAUGUGACGCCCGUGUCGCCUACCUCGAUCCAGUGAUGGAGCGACCGAACAUGCAUGUCGCCGUCGGCCAAAUGGCCACUCGGCUGUUGCUUGACGGCAGCACGCAAGGGCUCAUGAGCUCGACCCAGGAUCCGCCCACACUGAAGCACGUCAAGGAAGUGGAGUUCGUCCGGAAACGGGACUCAAAUUCGAAUCAUAUCCAUCACUCCAGAGUCUCUGCAGCUCGCGAGGUUAUCAUGGCAUCAGGCGCAAUCCACACCCCGAUGAUUUUGCAGGUCUCGGGGAUAGGCCCGGCCUCUGUGCUGCAAAAGUUGAACAUCACCGUACAGAUCGAGUUGCCAGGGGUAGGGAACAAUCUGCAGGACCACGGCAUGGUUGGAGAAAAUUACAACUAUAAUAACCCAAACAUAUUUACCAACAGAAAUCUCCACGGUGCAAGGCUAGCCGAGGCUGAGUUAGCAUACAGAGUGAAUCGAACCGCUGACGAGUCGAACAAAGGCCCUCUUACCGCCCCACUGAUAUCCAUCAUAGCUUUCCCGUCUCUUCAGGCACUCACAGCGGACUGGAAUACGCUGACGGGAAAGUACAUGCUGGAGGACUUCGACCGUUAUCUAGUCGACGACACACCGCCAAGCGUGCGACAAGGCUACACUAAACAGUCUCGGUUGCAACUCAACAUUCUACGCCAAUUCGACGAGCCUGCAUCAGAGAUCAUGGUUGACUCUACUGGCAGAUACACAGUCGCAAUCCAAAGCACCAUGUCGCGCGGCACUGUCCGUCCGAGUGGUCCAAACAUUCUCAAGGACAACAAACCGGUCAUUGACCCGCGAUAUUGCGCACACCCGCUUGACUGCGAGGUUGCAAUGCUAUCAUUUCGAAUGAAUGCUCGUCUGAUGAAAACCAAAUCGUUAAUGCAAGGGCUCUCGCCCUCGCCCUCAGAGCCAUUCGCAUCUGCAGACAAUGAAUUCGACCAAGAGAAUACGGCAAAGUUGAUGGACUUCAUCCAGCGUGGCUUAGGCACGGAAUUUCACCCUGCAGGGACAACGGCGAUGCUUCCAUUGGAAGACGGAGGUGUUGUGGACACGGAGUUGCGAGUUUACGGCACAACAAACCUGCGAGUCGUGGACGCUGGUAUAAUGCCGUUGCUACCAGCGGCGCAUAUCCAAGCUGCCGUAUAUGCGGUUGCUGAGAAGGCUGCCGACUUGAUCAAAACAGCCCAAGUAUGA